GUUUACACCUGAAUUUGUGCGUAAGAGGAUAGCCCUUCCAGGCCCCGUUUUUUCCGCGUUUUUUAAUUAUUUAUUUCCGUGUAAACUGCAGUCUUGAUAUAAAAACAUUGAUGGUCGAUAAUUUAGCCCUGCGUUGAGGGCCCCGGGGAGAACUGCAAAGGAUUAUAAAGUCACCUCAAAGCUCAGUUUACAUUCAGAGACAUGGCUCGACCACGGCCGCGGGAAUACAAGGCAGGAGAUUUGGUUUUCGCUAAGAUGAAGGGAUACCCGCACUGGCCGGCGAGGAUUGAUGAGCUUCCUGAAGGAGCUGUCAAACCUCCUGCCAACAAGUACCCCAUCUUCUUCUUUGGGACCCAUGAAACUGCAUUCUUGGGCCCCAAGGAUCUUCUGCCCUACAAGGAGUAUAAAGACAAAUUUGGCAAGUCCAACAAGAGGAAAGGCUUCAAUGAGGGCCUGUGGGAGAUCGAGAACAACCCCAGAGUCAAGUUCACAGGCUAUCAGGCCAUCCAGCAACAGAGCUCAUCAGAAACAGAAGAGGGGGGAAACACUGCUGAUGGCAGCAGCGAGGGCGAGGAAGGCGACUCUGUUGAGGAGGAAGAUAACAAGGAGAAACUGAAGGGAGACAAGACCGGAUCCAAACGGAAAAAGACGGCCACCUCCAAGAAAUCCUCCAAGCUGUCGAGGAUCUCAUCUGGAGAGGAUGACCUGGAGAAGGAUGGGAAAGAUGACGACCAGAAGAGCGGCUCAGAGGGAGGAGACCCCGACAACGACAUCAUCCAAAAUACCACCGACAGUAAGAACCAGCUGCUCAUAGAAGAACAUUAAGUGAAGAAAGCAUGAAAGGGAAAUCAUUCUUUGUAGCUGCGAUGUUGGAAAGGUGAAUCCACGACAUGAUUUCUCAUCAGCACCAUCUACUGGCUGCCGUCAUCACUUCCUCUUCUCUGUUGGACUCUGAGUAUGUGUUUGUAUGGAAGAUGCACCCAUACUGAUACUGGUACCAGUCAUCAUCUGGAUGCCAGGGGUAAAACUGGGCAUUAUGUCACACAGUUUUUCCAGCGCUUCAACUUAAUUAUCUGUCAGAGAUCAAAGCAAAGCCUCUGUAAUGUUUAACUAUCAAAAACAGACAGAUUAAGAUUUUUAAUCGGUUUUAUCCAGUGACUCUGAGUGCUUGUUUAUAUUGUUAAAUAAACAUAAAAUGUAGGAUAUUUAAAGGGGCAUUAAGUACUUAAAGACUUUUAUCAUGCUCUUGGCAACCAUUAGGAGCUGUGAUAAUUUUAACUGUGUUUACAUGUAGCCUUUUCUACUAGGGUCAUACUAAUAGCCCUGUCAAAGUAAAAGAUGUUUAAAAUUGUAAAGUAUACCCCCUUUCAGAGCCUGUUAUGUAAUGUUUAUUUGUUGAGCAGUUGGUGGGUGGUGCAGUGGCUCCAUCUCCCCCUUUUAACUGCUGUAGCAGAGCUAAAUCUCUUGCUUCACAAGAAAACAUACAAGUACAAGUACAAGUCCGUCUUUUUCAAAAGUUACACUCGCUCAGAACAACUAGAGACCACCUUGCGAUGGGAUCAUACCAGCUGUGAUGCCCGUCAGCAUGUUCACAUUCUGAACCAUGAGUACUCAGUAGUCAUUACUAUGUUAUUGCAUGAGUAGUAAGUACUCACUGCAUCUGAUUUGGAUCUCAACUACACAUAUAAAGUUUCGUGACUGCAUCUUGCACAGUUGUGACACAAGUGUGGUGACACACACACAAACAAGACAUAUAAACAGCUGCCAAAGCACCCACAACCACCUCUGUGGUAGUUCCUGCUACAGUGGGUGUCUCCAGGACCACAUGAUGCCAUGAUGACACACACACACAGACACAAACACACAAUUUAAAGCCAUGACAAAACACUCUUAAUUCAAGUUCUGCUUACUAGCUUUUCCGGGAACUUGUUGGCUCAGAUGUUACAUAGGAAUAUAGUUAAAGGAAUCAUUCAUAACUUCACUCAGAAGGAAAAAAAAAACGUUCAUAUACCUGCAGCCAUCUGCAAAGUCACAAACUGACAAUAAGGAGAGCCAAGCUAGUGAGAGCUACAGGCCAGUCAAGAACUAAUCUUUCAGCAUGCUUAAUACUACCAUAGAUGUGUUUUGUGAAGCUGAAUAUAGCAGGCAGUACUGAGCUCCAGAGAAAUAUCAAUCAAUUAUGUUUUUAGCACAGUGGCCCAGAGGCUAGCACUACCCCCAACUGGCUGGCCACAGCUCGGCUGUGCUGUAACUGCAGUGGGGGAUUUUUUUUUUUUUUUUAAUGUAAUUUUGGAUUUAUACAAAAAGAUAACAGUUUAUCACAGUCUCAACAAGAGUUAGGAGUUGGAAAUUUAUAUUACCAAAAUUGGACACUAGGCUAACCUGUGUAAAAUAAAUAAAUAUAUAAAUAAAUACAGUGGAGCAUGUUCUUUUCCACUGACAGCAACGCAUCUGUAGGUUUAUACUAUGUUCAUGUAAAAUAAUCUGUUAUGGGAGGAAAUGGAAUAUAGAUAACUGAAAUCUAAUGGAAAACAGCACGAGUACCAGAAUGCAACUGCUCUAAAGGUGCUCUAUGUAGGUUUUUGCUAUGCCUACAAAGCCAACAUCAGUAUUAACAGCUGUUUACUUAGCAGUCUAGAAGAAACACUGUUCAGCGUCAAAGUUCAUUCCGCUGUUUUGACACAAAGCCUUCAGAUGGAACUUGUGAGUUAGUGGUUAAGAUGUGGGAAGUCGUGUACACUGUAUACUUGUUGUUCAAGUGGUCAAGUCUUGAGAACAUUGCUGCUAGGCAGUGGCAGCAUGGACGCCUCAUUCUUGUUCUCUUUUCAGCUUCAGUUCAGCCAGCUAGGGAGCAGGUAACAUAAUGCAGGAAAUGCAAAGGCUUAAUGACAGAGAGAAAAGAUGAGACCCUUGGGAAUAUCAGCAUUUUCCUCACAAGUAUUAUAAAAUGAUGAAGAAUAACUAUACAACUAAAAUUACAAUAUAUUAACUUACCAUCCACAGAAAAGUGGACUCCCAUGGCCUCUGCCAUUUCUGAAAACCUCAGCAAACACGACACCAAACAUGACACAAUCUCUUGUAAACACUUGCUAAUGAGCUUAAACAGUUGUUAAUGCUAAUGUUAGCUAUGUAAUGGGAGCAAGAACUUACACGUAGCACCUUGAAUUUAAAAGAAAACUUUGCCAUUUUCAAACCUGGACCUUAUUGUCCCGUGUUUUUUUAGUGUAUAAAAUUGAUAGACACUAAAGUCUUUGGAGUAGGUGCAUUAUUGAGCAAUGAAGGUAUACCUGACAACCACAAAACAGCUGCUGGAAUGUAAAAAACAGGGCAGAUGUCCAUGUCGAAGUAUAUCCACUGAAGUUCUUUCUUUUGCCACUGACAGGCUCAGAUUGUUAAAUCUGUUGUUUAACCAGAAAACAGCAGUAUGUUUGUUGUUACGUGAUCAGUGGUGGAAAAAUGACUUGUUUUUGUCAAUUGA